GCAAUUCGUGAACCGGGCAAGAGGAAGUGGGGAAUUGUUUAAAACCCAAUUGGUAAACAAGUGAGUAAAUUCAACAAUUCAAUAUUGCCUGUUGGAGGGAUUUUUGAACUCUCUCGACUCCAAAUUCUUAUUCGGGACCUGAAGAGCCUCAAGAACUCGCCGGCUCGAUUGUUUGGAUACGGAAGUGUGGGUGUCCCUGGGGUGGAAAUGCAGUAAUCAACAAUAAACGUCAGUGCCGUAAGAGAAUGCGAAAAGUGUGUCAACUGGUUGGGCGCUCCUCCUUUUCCUGGCUAUCGCAACAUAGCAACCAAGUCGCUUCCCUUUCCUUCGAGGCGGAGUGAAUUACGAAAUCACAUUGAUUUUCGUCGGCGGAUGGCUUAGGUCAGAAUGUUGACCCUGUAUUACGUGGGCGCCACUGUCCUGCAGUCAUGGCGCAUCCAAAAGGCCUGCUCCAAGAUCGCCGAGCACCUGGCUCAGCCGUCGAGCAUUUCGUUUUACGCCCUGCAGCCGGGACACGAUGAUGGCUUUGAUCCCUUGUUUGCCAGCUCUGAGCUUUGCGGAAACCGCAAUGCGGCCAAGGUCACGGAAAUCCUGUGGCUCCACGCCAACCAGCGCGGCUGCUGUCUUCGACCGUUGCAGUCGCUUCACAUCACGCCAUGGAUAAGCUUCCCACCGGCCCCCAGCUUGCUGCCCUUCGCCUACUCUUCCGAGACACUGACGCCAGUGGCCUCGCCAGACGAAUCUCCACCCCAGCAGCGAGUCUCGCUUUCGGACCAAGGAGAACAUCGGAUGCAGCUACUUCUGGAGGCGCAGGUGGAGCCGAUGCAACGUCCCAGUUCCCAGGACACCACUUGCGUGAGGCUGGAAGAUUACGGUAAGCUAAUUGCAUGGAAAAUAGAUUCCCACCUGGCGGUGCUCCUCGAAACCGAUGUGGAGCACUUUACGCAGCUGUUAAUAACGACAUUUUUGAGAAAUAAUUUAUGCAUUAACGAUCAGCUGCCCCUGAUGAGGAUUGAGUCUGUUCGCAGAGAGGGUGAGCCGCAGCCCUUUGAAUUACUUGCCAAUCAUCUGAAGCGUCAGUCCCGAGUCACCGUGGAACUGGACAAAGAGGGCUGGAAGAAGCAUCUGGAGGACUUGCGGGCCGCCAGUGUCCUCGCCCACCAGGCCACCGAAUUCGAGAGUCACAAAAAUCGUACCGAAGGAAAGUCUAAAAGUGACAUCCUUGGUCAGGCUUCGGAGCCACUUCCCAAAGCUGUGGCCGUGGUGGAACCCACUAACAAAGCAGCUCUGUCCCCUGCUAGGAUUCCAGUAACUGUUCCAAAAACUGAAGCCAAAAUAGAGGUGAAGACGUCUCCAGCUAAAAGCGAAGCCAAAGUUAGUCCUGUCUACAAAACUGAAUCUAAGUCCACUCCAACCAAAGGAACGCCAAAAAAGUUGGACUCCCAGCCGAGCGAAUUGGAAAAGCUGGCAGCUGCCCAGGCGGCCCAACAGCAAAACACUCCACAGGAAGCCACGCCCAUUAAGGUUGUUGCUGCGCCCAAGGCAGCUAUUCCGGAAAUACCCGACAAGACAGAUAGUCCCAAGAAACCAGAGAAAAUCGCCGCUGAAGCUCCGAAACCCAGCAAAACCUUUGAGGUAGCCAAGCCACUCAACUCGCCAGUUACAGCCACUCCUCCUCGUCCUGUCCUGAAAAGGAACAAAGAUAGUCUGCAGGAAAGCAAGCCGCUGAAUGUUCUAGUCUACUCUGAUAGUGCCAGUGCCAGGGACUCUACGUUGGCAACGUUGGAGCAACUCCUGGAGAGGAAUGUGUACACCAUUUAUCCACUUAUGCCCCAGCAGGCGGCUCAGAAAUAUUGGACGGAGCAGACGGCGCUUCUGGUGGUCUGCGGAUCGGUGGCGCCCGGGAUAGGCCAAGUUCUUGUAGAUUACUUCCUGCAGGGUGGCAAGGUUCUGAGUCUCUGUUCGGACAUAUUACACUUUAUUUUGCCGAACUACCGAACAGCUGAAGUUCGGGAGCACGAAUUGGUUCAGUUCUCCUACGACAAGUGGCAACGGGUCAAGAUGAUGCACCACAUCUUCUGCUACCAGCCAUCGCCAGUGAAGAAGCACUUUUCCACCGACAGCGAGGAGUCCACCAAGUCCCAUUCCCGAAAACCAGCUCUAGUAUGUCCAAGGUCCAUGGAACUGAAGGAUCUGGCUGGCCACAACCACAACCUGGAUGUUCAGGUCCUGGGCACCGAGGAGACCUGGAACACGCCCAGUCUACUCUUGGCCAAGAGCCUCCAAAGCGGUGGCAAGGCGGUAUUCUCGCAGGUUCAUUUGGAAACAAAUCCUAGCGAGUUUGAAACCGAUGAAAUAAAAUACUCCAUCCUGAAGCAAAACGAAAGCACUCGCCUUGAGAUCUUUGCGGAUCUUUUAAGGAAAUACUUGGAUGUGCAGGUGCAAGGAGGAGAUGGUCCACCACAGCCCGGAGUGGUCUACCAACAAGCCUAUUUUCUGGGCCGGCAUGAGUCCAAGUUCGAGCUUCUGGAGAAACUCCGUCUUCGUUGCAGCGGUCCUGACAACGUUAUAGCUACUCCCAAGUUGACAAUUAAAUUUUGUGGCAAGGAUGACAAGCCACCGGUGGCGAACAACAAUGUCCUGCCAAUACUCAUACAUUCCUGUCCGGAGGACUUCUCUACCGUAGACUAUUUUGAUCAAUUAAAAACUGAGCACAUUGGAAGAUUGGUUAUUUAUGCCCCGGUGGUCAGUAGCUCCAUGCAUGUGAUCAACAACUUGGAGCUCAUAAACGGCUUGGCUGUCCUGCCCCUGCAACAGACGGCUGGAGUCGGUCGCAGCAAUAAUCAGUGGCUCAGUCCUCUGGGAUGUGCCAUGUUCUCGCUGCAACUGCACCUGGCCAUGGAUUCUCCUCUGGGAUCGCGUCUACCCCUUCUGCAGCACAUCAUUGGAGCAGCUAUUGUCAAUUCCCUACGCAGUCAUCCUCAAUAUGGGAUUUUGGAUAUAUCUAUCAAAUGGCCGAAUGAUAUAUAUGCAAAUGGUAACCAAAAAAUUGGCGGCCUUGUGAUCAAUACUACCUUGCAAGGUUCUCAAGCCAUCGUUAACAUAGGCAGCGGAAUAAAUUUAAACAAUUCAAAGCCAACAGUUUGCAUUAACGAUUUGAUCCGGGAACAUAACCAACAUUCACCGAACAAUAAAUUACCUUUGCUAAAAUACGAGUUAUUUAUUGCCAUGAUUUUUAACGAAAUCGAAAGACUUUUGGGUGAAGUACAAAACGGAGAUUUUGAUAGUUUUUACGAUUUGUACUAUUCCCUUUGGCUACACAGCGGUCAAACCGUGAAGAUUUGCCUCCCAAACCAACAAGAAAGAGAAGCGGAAAUAGUCGGAAUUGAUGAUUUUGGCUUUUUAAAGGUCAAGUUACCCUCUGGAGCCAUUGAAACCGUGCAGCCCGAUGGAAAUAGCUUUGAUAUGUUAAAAGGAUUAAUUGUUCCCAAAUACCACUAGUUAAAUUACACGAAGAAUGAAGUCUCAUAUUAUUAUCCAA